AUGGUCGCAUCCAGUUUGAGUGUAAAUGUUGGCCGUCCACCUUGGGAAGCGGAGUUCGAUCCAGGCUUUCAAGCAGAGCCACCUGACAUUGCUCCUGAACUCUUGAAACACGCGGAUCUUUGUGGUACAUGUCACCACUUGGAGAAUCGCAUCAUUACGUUUGAAUGCAGAGGCUGCCAUAAAGCGCAGCCGGUGUGCAAGGAUUGCCGGCAAAAGAUCCUUCACUGUGACCUUCCGUGCUUCUUGUGCAAGCGCCAAGGUUUGCCGUCGGCCAUUCCUCAGCCCUCUCACUUCCGCGACGGCGACGGCGACCGCGACGGCGACCGCGACGGCGACCGCGACCGCCCUGCCGUGCCGCGGCGGAGCUUGGUCCUGACCGAUCUCAAUGGGACCCUGGGACACAGACCGCGGCAAGGAGCAUCGGUGCAAGACACGGCACAUCUACAUGUCACUGAGCUUCCACUGGGAUUUCAUGGAUAUCCUUCGCGCUUCUACCACAGGCGUCUUGCAGACGCCUUCCUGAAAGAGUUGCAGCUUCAAGAACACUGGGGGAUUUGCACCAGCAUGACACGAUUCAACGCGCUUCCAAUUCUGUGGGCCCUUCUGGAGAAAGUGCACCGGCAUGUGGCCAUCGUACCGAAUGCCGAACACAGCAACAGGUUAUAUCUCCUGAUCCUUGCACCGUGCAACGAUCUGAUGCUCGGUUCAAGAGGUCCCAACGGAGCUCCUGGUGGGAGCUCGGCUGGUGGAGCUGCCUGUGUUCGACUGUUUUGGGAGCUCGGCUGGUGGGAGACAGCCGUUGGCCAUGGCAGAACGUGA